GUUACAGGUAGGUAUGAGUUAUCCCGGCGGUGGCCACCAUCCCCUUCGUCCACCCCCCAACCCCCUUUCGGAGCAGGCUGCUGCCGCCGUGCCUGCCCAACACUUGCCUGCCCUUCGGCCUCAACCACCAGCACCGAUGCCGCCAUACAUGCCGCGUCCCAAGGCGCCUGUCGGUGACCACCCAUCGGCAGCGGCGAUGCGGCAGGCGGGCCAUCGGGAGCUCAUGGCUGACUCGGCAGCAGCCCAGGCGGCAGCAGCCAGGGCGGCCAUGGCGGGACGACGGCCGCACUCCUCUGCCGAUCCGCCACCGCCGCCGCCCACCAUCACGGCCGAGACCAUCCGUGCGCUGCUGGAGGACAUGGCUCCUGGGUCUGAGAUCGAGGACUCGGCGUGUGAGGUGAUGGUGGCUCUGACGAAUGAGUUCCUGGACCACACCAUCGAGCAGGCGUGUCAGGUGGCGACACACCAGGGCAAGAAGGAGGCCAGGGGGGCCUAUGCACUCACCAUGGACGCACUCAGGAGCGUGCUGAGUAAGCAACUGAGCAACCAGAGGCCAGGCGAUGCAGGCGUGUGGUAUGGUUGCUGUGCCUUGUGUGCUCAGGUCUGAAUGCCUUCACGCCACAGGCAGAUGUGAAGCCCCACCAGCCACACAGGCCGUCAGCCCCACCCACUUGAAGCCGGCGCACGGACCACUGAAGAGGGAUCCUGUGAAUCUGUCAGGAUGUGCUCGCACAGUGUGACUGACUGACUCGGAUUUGCGUUUGGACGACAUUCGAUGCGCCUGCCUUUUGUCUGUAUGAUAUGCGAGACCGCCAGCUGGUUGCGGCGUCAUCAAGAUUGUGUGUGUGAUAUC